CGAUUUUCCUCUUUUUAAAAAUAUUUUAUAAAAUUACUUAAAUAUAAUACGUAAAGAUGAAGCUUACACAAGUUCUUAAGCGACAACAUAUUGAUUUUAUGUUCAAAAGACAUUGGCUAGCACAAGGCAAAAGAGUACCUAUGGAAACCGGAGUUGAAAAAGUACUUACAGAAAAAGGAAUUCCUGUGAUUGAUGCUCUUGAGUUUGUUAAAGAAAAACCAGAAAUUAGGGAAAGGAUAGAGAUUAUUGGACCAUACGAACAGCCAUUGCCCCUGGAUAAAGAUCACCCAAACUAUAAAGAAAAACCAUGCUUUACAUUACUGAACAAUAAUGUUCUGUUAGAAGGACUUCCUCAAGCUCAAGUUCUAACCAAAACUGUCAUAGCAGAAGAUGUUUUGCCACAGAAAAUUGAGAAACUUUCUGAGUUAUCUGCUCCCAAAGCUGUUCAUGAUGGUGUGAAGAAGGCAAUAUUAAAUGCGAAUGUGUUUGAUGCUGAACAAAAAAAGCUUCCAAAAAUUAAAGAUCCAGAGAGACCGGCAUUCAACUUCCCUCGAAUACUUGGAAUUUCUGAUAGAAGGCGCAACCAAAUACUGACAAACAAAUUGCUUCAACUGGUAGAGAAAUCAAAUGAUGCCGAGGUCACUCAGAACAAGUAUGUGAUUAAUGAUGUUGAAAGCAAGAUAUUAUUUGACAAAGAAGAUGAACUAAUACAGUUUCAAGAUGUGUCUGGUAUCCUGGUAACAAGUAAAAAACCAGUGACACAUGAAAUCCCAACUUCAGACAUAAAGUUCAUUGAGAUUCCCGAUCUGUAUCCAGUUAACCACACUGUGUCACUACCACCAGACCAUUUCUAUGACGAAAGCAGUAAAUAUCCUCUCCGUUCUAAUGUCACUGUAAAACAUCCACACACAACCUGGUUACAUUACAACAAAACUGAAGUUGGCACUCUCUAUGAGUUACCAGUUAACCAAUCCCAAGUACUCGGACGAUCAUUGACACAUGCCUUUACAGUUGCCGCUGCGUACGCUAAACAAUUAUAUGGUGAGAAAGUCAAAGAUUUACCUGAGCCAGUUCACAUAAAUUGUAUACAAACAGAUGGUCAAUAUUAUCACUUUGGAGUUUUUGAACUGAAUACACUGGACGUGGAUGGAACAGAUGGUACAAAGAACAAGUGGUUCUGCAGAAACAAUAUGAAGUUGUAUGACUCUAGCUGCUAUUUAAGUGGAAUGCCCGUGCUGGAGAACUACAACCCGAAAGUAUACAGUUACAUCAAUGCAAUGUACAACUGCUGAUACUGUAUAAUUAAUAGCUUUAGUAAUAAAUUAUAUUAGAUACA